UUUAUAAACACAAUAUAUUCAUUCUUAAAUUAAAAAAAAAAAAAGAAGUGAGAUCUGAGAAUGUAAAUCAAUACCUCUUAAUAAACAAACUAGCAGCUUACAGAAGCUCCUGCGUUUAGUGUGCAAAGAAAAACAUGCCCAGAGGACUCGGUUCCCUAGCAACAGGUUUAAAUUCCCAUCCCCACCCAUUCUUUUGUACAAUCCAUGGGGAAGAGAACUUACAGGUGAGCGUCAACCUGCUCCUCCUCCAUCUGGAUACAAAUUCACUCCAUAGAGGAAAUCUUCUCUAUGCUAGAGCCACAUAGUGCCUGCAUGCUACCGUAUCUAUGAGCUUGGAGAUUUUAAAAGGACAACAGGAUGGCCAACUCAGCGCUGGAAAUAGUGGGUCUUUUAUUGACACUGAUUGGGCUGAUUGGAGCAGCUGCAAGCACCGGGAUGCCCAUGUGGCGGGUCACAGCCUUCAUUGGGGAGAACAUUAUUGUGUUUGAGAAUCGCUAUGAGGGUUUGUGGAUGAACUGCUUUCGGCAAGCCAACAUCAGGAUGCAAUGUAAGGUGUAUGACUCCCUCCUGGCCCUGUCCCCUGACCUACAAGCAGCAAGGGGGCUUAUGUGCUCUGCUGUGGCCCUGGCUGGACUUGGAAUACUGAUCAGCUUGGUUGGAAUGCAGUGCACAUCAUGUAUUGUAAACAACGACCGAGCUAAGAAACUAGUCCUCAUCAUUGCAGGAAGCAUGAUCUUAAUGGCUUGCAUUUGCGUCCUUGUCCCUGUAUCCUGGACAGGCCAUGUUAUCAUCACGGACUUCUACAACCCGUUGCUGAUCAACGCCCAGCGCCGGGAACUCGGAGAGGCUCUUUACAUUGGCUGGGUUGCCUCUGCUUUCUUGUUUGCUGGAGGAUGCAUGCUUGUUUGUUGUAAUGUACAGUCUGAAGACAAAGGAUCAGAGAGAUACAUAUACUCCAGAAACUCAGACUACAGAGCCUAUACUCCACAGCCUCUACAGCCUCAACAGCUGGUGCUUCUCCCUCAGCCACAACCUCAGCCAGUUUUGUCAAGACACCCAUCAACUAACUACAGUUACCACUCCAGAUACCCCUCAGUACACAGCGGGAUCGCUUAUCUCUGAGUACUUUCAGCAAUGAUGAUCCAUAAUGCUUGAUGUACAUAUAUAUAUAUAUAUAUAUAUAUAUACCUACUUUUCUUUGUGUGUUGAUUUGGUCCUGUAAUCUUUACAUUUCAAGUGAAAAUGAAUUUUAGUGAAUAUAUUUGAUGUGAAAGCAAAUUAAACCUGGAUAAUUUCUAAAUCACUUUUAUGCACUAUUUGAAGAGUCCACACAUAUUAUCCUCUCUGUCUCAAUCUGUAAUUAUAAAAAUGGUUUGUACAUGUUAUUCAGAUUGAAUACUUAUCUUUUGUACAAUCAAAAACUUUGUAGAUAUAAAUACUGUAUAUAUCAAUAAUGUCAUAAUGGACUACUGAGUAAUGUGACACAAACUAUUUGUGUUUACAGUUAUAUGACUGAUUAGGUAGCUCUAUAGGCAGUUUAUUCUCAAGAGUUGUAUCUAAAAUCUGUGCUCAAAUAUGUUGCUAAGAAUCAUACAUAUUUAAUGUAUGAGUAUGUGUAAUGUUGUAUGCUAAGGUUGUCUGCUUACAGGCUUCUUCACUGGUACAUUUUUAUCUAUAGUUAUUAUUGGACUACUCCCUCCAUACCUCUGCUUUUACCUUGCGUUUAAAUACAACUGAAUGCACAAUUGGCCACCCCAGGUCUGUAUGUCUGCCUCAGUGCCCAGAACUUGUACUAAAUUUUGGAAGAUGGAAUUCAUGUACUCUGCUCGCUUUACUUGGAAAUGAAUUAAAAACAAUCAAGCUUCAGACCCUCGUUAGUCUCCCUCAGUUUAAAACUUUUGUCACAGACAUGUUGAUGACAGAUAUUGGCCUUUGCAGGUACUUUGCUGCAUGAUAUGCUGUGACAUGGUGAAUUUUCUUUGUUUUAGUGUGUUUUUUAAUAUUGUUAAGUAUUUUUUAAUGUAUUGCACUGUGUAAACCCCCACCACCCACCCCGUUUAUGUUACUGCUGCCUUGUUGGCCAGGCCAUGCUUGUAAAAGAGAUAAUCGGAUGUCAAGCAUCUGCCUGGUAAAAUAAAGGUUAAAUAAAAUAAAAUAAGGCCAGAACAACCUUUCACAGGAAACAACUUCUCAUACAUCUUUAUAUUUUCUUACUGGUUUUAGUUGGUACACAAAAGUAAAGCUAAACCUGGACAUUUGAAUUUGAAUUUGUUGGAUUUACUCAGAUGUGUUUGUUUUUAAAGUCUUUAAACAUUUUUUUUCAGGAAACACGUGUCUUUGUUGAUGUUUGACAUCAUGUCUUGGAACGCUUUUCUGGGAACCAAAGAAAAAGAAGAAGAAUAAAUAUGAGUUGCAGAUUUAAGACUGCUUGCUAAGGGUGUGGACUCAGAGGCAACUUUUAGUCAGAGGGAUUAGUGUUCAGGAAGGAGGCAGCGAUAAGCUGCCAGCAUG